UUAAUAAAAACAAAUAAAUUUAAUAUAUAUUUAUAAAAAAUAUUGUUAAUAGGUAAAAAUGGAUAUUUCAACUAUAGUAAUAAGCGACUAUUUAAAAUCUAAAGGACCCAAAAGAGGACUGUGCAAAUUAUGCAGUACCGAGGUUUUUUGGACAAUAAUUAAAUUGAUAAGCCACAAACGUACAAGGUGCCCGGUUCCCGAGGACGAAAAGGCUUUUUGGCUAGCUGCAUCAGCGGUUUCACAAACGAGAAAAAUAAGUGAUUUUCUUGAUGACAAAAGCAUUGUUAAUCACAAACGAAAAAAGUGUGUUAAUAGUGGAACAUCAACAUUUUAUGAGACUACACAGGAAGAUAAAAUAGAGCCCAAUGUCAAUGCUUUAAAAAAAGACGAAACAACACAUAAUCACGAGAAACAAUCAGAAAUUCGAAUUUCUUCAACGGACAUUAUAUCGGAAUACUUGAAUAACAAAAACUCUCUUACAAGGCGGGGGACGUGCAGUUUUUGUCAAUCAAGUGUUUUUUGGACAUUGUCACAUUUGUCAUUACAUAAAUUGCGAAAAUGUCCGAUUCCGGAAGCUGAUAAACUAUAUUGGAUGAAUAUUCAAGAAAAACUAAUGCAAGCUAAAAACUCAAAAGAAGAUGAAAUUAACAUUGGAAACUAUUUGACAAACAAAAACAAGGUGACAAGGCGAGGAACAUGCACAGUUUGUCAUAAAAGAGUUUUUUGGGCAACAUCACAUUUGGCAAGUCAUAAAAAAAGUAAAUGUCCUAUAAGUGAAAACGAAAAACUCUUUUGGAAUACCAUUCAAAAAGGCAAUAAUUUAAGUACAUACGUUGCGAAAAACAAGAAUAUACCUGAAAACUUAAAUGUGAACACAAUGAAAGGAUAUACAAAAAAGAGAAACUGUGUAGCAUCAAAAUCUAGUUUUAUAAAUCAAUCAUAUAUUUGUGACUUUUGUCAUAAAAAAUUUAAAAAAAAGCGAAGUUUGAAACAUCAUAUUUUUAUUCAUGUGCAGUGUUAUAAAAUUCCAUUACAAGUUGAUCAACGAAAAAGAGAAGAAAUUGAUUCCACGAGUGUUGUUUUUGGAAACAUUGCAUUGGAAAAAUGCACGAUUGAACAAAUGUUUGAAUGUUGUCAAAAAAUGCACACUUUCAGUAGCUUAGCCCAACAUCAAUUUAAGUGUCAUGCUGAAAACUUCCACUUAAUGAUAUCAUCAAUGAGAACAGAAAUAUUAAACGCAUUAUCGUCAAACAAUGCUUAUGAGGAUAAUAUAGCAAAAGAUACUGAAAAUUCAAAAGAAAUAGAAAAAAAUUACUCUAAAUUCAAUACGGUGCCUACAAAUGAUACUAUAAUACAAAAUAUAAUUGUACAAUGUUUCAUUUGUGAGAGCAAAUUUUCAGCGUUAUGUUACGAUAAACAUUUAACAACCGCACACCCACUAGAAGAUGGUUUAAAUGCAAAAAGAGCUACAAAUAAAUUUUUCUGUAAUUGGUGUUGCCAAACAUUCAAUAAAAUCUCUCAAUGCAUUACUCAUAUCAAACAUACGUGCAGCGAAAAUCCAGAAAUACCAAAAUUUAUUUUUUAGAAAUAUAUAUGGCAACUUUGCAAAAAGUUAAGUAUCAAUUUUAUGUAAGAUAAUAAAUAUGUUUCAAAAAGCAUUUA